AGUCUUUUUUUUUUUUUUAAGAUUAAUAAUAAUGAACGCGCGUGUCGGUGCAUUUGUAAUUUUUGCGUGCUUCACGCUUGGUCUUGCAGCACACGUGCAUGACCAUCAUGGAACAGAAAAAGAUGACGCGGACCAUGGGCAUCACCAUCACCAUCAUCAUAAAAAACAAGGAGAAGGCAACCAACUGGAGAUAGACGACGGAAAAUCGGAGGAGAAUGAAACUGAUCACCACAAUCAUCAUCACCACCAUCAUCAUCACGAGUUCCACGAGAUACACGACACAUUGCACAACAUCGUGGGUCGUUGGGAAUCCUUGGAAGCCACCGUGUGCGGCCCGCAACUCGGCCAGGCUGAUGCUUUGAUUGAGAAGCACGAGAUGUCGCCAAAGCACGAGAAUGAGCAGUUUAAGGCCGGGAAAACUUACACUGUAUCAAAUGUAACAACAAGCUCACCAUCAGUGGUGAACUGGGAACGGAGCCUAUAUUCAGCCAAUUACUACAUCAUUGAGCGCAAUGUUGUUCUUCCUUGGUUCAAAAUGCUGCAGUCAGAGCUCAUGGGCAUUUGGCUAAAGGGUGGGAACUUGCUGGUACAUGCAAUUUCGCCGAAUGGCACGCAUUACGAAGUUCUCCUCGGGGAUGAAAUUUAUGACUCGCAUGCCACGUUUGUCGCUAUCUUUGAGCCCAACACUUGGUUAGCAGUUGAACUCGAGGACAACGGAGUCAAUGGAGGCUACGGAUUUUUCUACAACGUUUUGAUUCCAGCGUACAAACAUGAAUUCAUGGUACGGGGAACAGAAGAAGAGCUGGUCGGGAUUCUCGGCAAAGAACACGCAGCCAUGCCAGGCGAGAACCGGGAGAACUCGGGCCACAGCGGCGUCUCUGCUGGAGAUCGGGACACUUGA